AUGUGUAAUAGUAAAGAAACAGCUGAAUUUCUUAUCUCGUGUGGUGCAAAUAUAAAUGAAGAAGAUAAAAAUGGAAGAACACCUCUUCAUUAUGCAGCAGAUAAGAAUAGUAAAGAAACAGCAGAAGUUCUUAUUUUACAUGGUGCAAAUAUCAGUAAAAAAGAUAAGUGGGGGAGAAACCGCUCUUUAUUUAGCAUCAUUAAAUAA